AUCGCCCUGCGGCUGAUCCUGGUGAGCGGGAAGACGCAGGAGUUCCUGUUCCCGCCGGGAGCCUCGGCCGCCGACAUCGCGCGCCACGUGCACGACCGCUGGCCGCCGGACUGGGAGGAGGAGCGCGUGAGCAGCGCCUCCAUCCUGCGCCUCAUCUACCAGGGCCGCUUCCUGCACGGCAACGUCACGCUGGGAGCGCUGAAGCUGCCGCCCGGGAGGACCGCGGUGAUGCACCUCGUGGCCAGGGAGACGCUGCCGGAGCCCAACUCGCAAGGUCAGAGGAACCGCGAGAAGACGGGCGAGAGCCACUGCUGCGUGAUCCUGUAGCCCCGGCCCCUCCCCCGCUGACGCGCGCCUGGGGGCGGGGCCACGGCGGGGGGCGGGGCCAGGGGCCCGGGAGCUCCUGGACCGCGCCUGCGCGCAGAGAGACUUCCGGGCGGACGGCGCCUGCGCACAGAGACGCUUCCGCUUGCUCCGCGGACGGCGCCUGCGCAGAGAGACUCUUCCGCUUGCUUCGCGGACGGCGCCUGCGCAGAGAGACUCUUCCGCUUGCUCCGCGGUCGGCGCCUGCGCAGAGACUGUUCCGGCUCGCCCCCGUGGACUGCGCCUGCGCAGACACUCUCCGGGCGCAGCGCGCCGCACAGCGCUCUACUUGUGUGCCCGGGCGCCGCCCCGCGCCUGACGCCGACGCUGUGUAACCCGGGGCCGCGCCCCGCCGGGCCCCGAGCGCAAUAAACGGUAUAAGCGGC